AAGAGGAGCUCUUCUUCCUCUCCAUUUUCUAGCCCUAUUGAGGAGAUGGAGCGGCGGGGUGGCGCUAGGGCGGUGCCGCGCAGCUGAAUGCCCCGCCAGGGCCAGGAAUGGCGGAUCAGAGCGCCGGGGACGCGGUAGGAUGGUCGGAUUACCCUGCGCCUGUGGAAAGUGACGACUGGUGGGGAUGGGAUGCUUCUUCUGCUGCUCUAUACCUUCCCGAGAUUGACAAUGUCAUGCAGUGGGACGACUCUGGAGCUCUGGAGGCUCUACAGUUUUCAAGGGAACGUAAGCGUGCCAGGGACUUAAACCUGCCAUGCAACGUCCCGUCUCUCAAGCCGGACGUUUUCAACGAGAAGAUCGAUUGGAACACGAAACCAGGCAAGUUGUCCAAGGAAGCUGCCGAGGCCUGGGCUUUUAUCGUCGAGGCGGACAACAGGGCCAACACUCGUCGCAAGGGUGGAAAGUAUGGCCGACGAAAGCUCGACAGUACCUACGCGCAGGCGAACGAGUCAAGAGAAGAGGUAACGUUGCCUCCGACGGGAUGGGACCUCCCGCCCAGUCCCGAGAAGCAGCAGCAUUCUCAGCCAAAUCCAUGGCGAAGCAGUGACAGGGAUGCUUUCCAAGCCAAUCCAUGGCGGAGCGGUGACAGAGAUGCUUUCCAAGACCGGCAGCGGUGUAGAGGCUGGGAGAAUCGCUACAAUCAGCCUUCCUCUUCGAGCUGGAGGAACAGCGGUGCCAGGAACUCGAGACACUGGCAAGAAAACUCGUACAAGACAGGAGUAUGGAGGCCCAAAACCAGCAACAAUUACUCAAACAACUGGCCGCAAGGAAGCUCAAGGCAACAGCCAGCCGCAAGAGAUGAAUGGAACAAGCAGGAAUACGAGCACAGGCGAUGGUAGGCAUUGUGGUGAGUUUUUCUGAGCUCUUCUUCUAUCUUUUCCAUAUUUUAUAGGAUAGGAUGAAUUGUUAUCUGUACAAAGGUGAGAUUCGUGGCAAUAGCCAGAGAGCUUGUAGAGACCAAAGUGUUCGUGAGUGGAAGAUUUUUUGUUAUGAAAUACAGGUUUUUUUUUCCUUAA